CUACGCGUUUGGUCAGUUGGCGCGCGACGUCACUUUACCCGGAAGUGGGCUGCUGCUUCGUGAAUUCAUAUAAACAUCAUUGAUACAUGCUGAAAGAAACCCUACUGAAAACACCCGACUGAACAAAAGAGUUCAGUUGGGAGAGUAUUUACAGUCACUCUUCUCACGAACAUUACACAGAUUUCUUAUAGAUCUGUCAACAUCAUGUCCACCGCCAAUGUUGAUAUCCACACGCAGCUGGCGUCGAUCAUCGAGCGCUUCUCCAGAUGCGCUCUCAUGGAGAUGAGUCGAGCUGUCGAGCAGGAGAUCUCACGGAGACAAAUGGAGGUCGAGAAUCUGCUGCUCAAACUGCAGUUUACUGAGAGUGAACUGAGAUCAGCCCGACAGAACCGAGCGAACUUGCGAUCAGUGGGAACACAAGCCGGUAACACCGGACAGCGAGAGAUAAACCUUGAUCUUGUGAAGUCAAAUGAAAUGCAAGAUGAAGGACACAUAGCUAGAUGCACACGUGAUUCCUCCGUGCACACUUUCCCACUGAAUGCAGAUGGGAUCAAAUCCAUUCAUAUCAAAGAGGAACAGAUGGAGGACGGACAGUGGGACCUUAUUGCAAAACAUAAUGUGUCUCCUGCAUUGGCUCCAGAUAUGAACGAUAUGGACAGUUUCAACACUGGAAGAACAGAAACCACUAGAGAUGGUGGUGAAUUUAUCCUGACAAAUAAAAUGGAGCCCAGCAGUUUGUGGAAUUCACCUGUUUUGGAGGAGUCCCCUUUAAACUCAGAAGCUCAGAGUCUGGACACAUCUCCUCGUGCUACAGCAGGUCCACUUUCUCCAAACCAAAGAGAAGAUUUUAACGUCAAAGAGCCGUACAGAACUUCAGAGUUUUCCCAGCGCUCCGCUAACGACGCUCUUCCACCGGCAUCGGAUCACAGAGGCGACGGCGUGGCCGAGAGAAGCUCGCGCUGCGCUCAGUGCGGCAAGACUUUUACCACACGCUUUUACCUGAAGAUCCACCAAAGGAUCCACACCGGAGAGAGACCGUACACCUGCCCACAGUGUGGCAAAGGCUUUUACUGCAACUCUCAUCUGAUAUCACACCAGCGCUCGCACACCGGAGAGAAACCGUACAGCUGCGAAGAAUGCGGCAAAUCUUACUCUCAUUUAAACUCCCUUAAACUCCACCAGCGCAGCCACACUGAAGAGGAGGCAUAUGUGUAUUGGUAGCCUUGCUCAUACGGACUCAAAUAGAAAGAAAGAAAUGAUUUAAUCGUUUGCUAAAAACACAUUUAAACUGCUGUGCAAUUGAACACUCUUCAGAUAUAUAAUAUGUACUGAAAGGAUCAUUUGGGUAUGUAGCAAUGAAGACUUCUUUUUUAGAGUUGUGGCUGAUUAAUGAUGAAAUAUUACUCCUGGUUUACUGGUCACAUUGAAGGGUUUGUAUAAGACUUUCAACAGUUUUUGAAUAUAACUUGAGGCUGUUUUCUUACAUGACGACUUUUUUUUCCAUUUUCUAACUAGAUUUUUUGUUGUUGUUUUCCUUACGUUUGUUUGCAUGUUAUAUUUUGGAUUUAUAUAAUAUGUAGAAUGAAGGGUGUUUAAUUUGUUUCCUUUGUUUUGCUUUAGAUCAGAUUUUUGCAGAUGUUAUUAUAAAGCCAUUACUUUGAAAUCAUUUCUAUUUCAUCUUACGGAAAAUGACUGAGAAACAACCACUGUGUCUUGCCGUGAUGAACAUAAUACAGUUGAAGAAAAUUUUUGUUUUUUUCAAAUAAUUCCCAAGUGCUGUUUAACAGAUUGAAAACAUUUUCAACACAGCAUUUCUAUAAAAAUUGUUUAUUUAGGAAGCUUGGAAUGUUUGUUAUACAAAUCGAAGCAAAAUUAAAACCAGAAAUAAAAACUGGUCAAAACCGUAGCCCUCUGAUGUUAAUAGUCAGACAUGUCUCCUGAGGUGUCACAACCCAUUCCUCCUUAGUAAAUCUCUCAAGCUCCUAGAGAUUUCUUGGUCUUGUUGUAUGGACUCUGGUCUUCAGUGAACCCCACAGAUUUUCUAUUGGAUUUAAGUCUAUGCUUUGUGCAGGCCAGUCAAGGACAUUCAAUUCAAUAGAUGUGAGGUAUGUUUUGGGCCGGUGUCAUGCUGGAAGAUAAAACACAAACCUAAACCAAGUUUUGUUGCA